AUGUAUCCCAUCACGAUCGUAGCCGCGGCCGUCGGUCUGCUGAGCGUGCCGGCUCUCGCGUCGCCCGUCGAGACUCGCGAUGUCCUCGCCGAGCUCCAGGACCGCGCCAUGAGCGCCCUCGUCGAGUCAGGCGCCGGCAACAAGCGCAGCAGCUGCAACAUCUUCAACGCGCGUUACCGCCGGGACUGGUUCGUCAUCCCCCACACCGUGGAGUCCUUCUCGUCCGCGGAGAAGAAGGAUUACAUCAGCGCUGUCCAGUGCAUGUUGACGUCGCCGUCCAAGUCGGAUCCCGAGUUCGCCCCCGGUGCCCGCAACCGAUAUGACGACUUCGUCGCCGUGCACAUCAACCAGACGACCAAGAUCCACGGAACCUCGUGCUUCUUCGAGGACCGGGAUAUCUGCCGCGGGAUUCUGACAUUGGGGCCUCAGGGCAACUUUCUGACGUGGCACCGCUACUUCGUCUGGGCCUACGAGGAGGCUCUGCGGAACGAGUGCGGCUACAAGGGCUCCCAGCCGUACUGGAACUGGUUGAAGAACCAGGACGAUCUCACAAAGUCCCCGGUCUUUGACGGCAGUGACACCAGCCUGAGCGGCGACGGUUCGUUCGUCGAGCACAACGGCAGCAUCAGCGGCGCCGGCGCCAUCGUCCUGCCGUCCGGCAAUGGCGGAGGCUGCGUCACCAGCGGCCCAUUCAAAAACAUGACGGUCAACCUGGGCCCCGUCAACCCCGGCAUGGACGGCCUCGAGGCCAGCCCCAGCGGCAAACUCGGCUACAACCCGCGCUGCCUCAGCCGCGACCUGAGCAGCUACACGGCGUCCAAGUGGUUCACCAACGAGAACAUGGUCAACAUCACCGUCGGCCCGGCCUCGCGGAGCGUCGAGCUCUUCCAGAACGAGCUGCAGGGCCGCUUCGCCGACGGCUUCCUCGGCAUGCACGCCGCCGGCCACUUCACCGUCAACGGCGAGGCCAGCGACCUGUACUCGUCCGUCGUCGACCCCAGCUUCUUCCUGCACCACGCCAUGGUCGACCGCGUCUACUGGCUGUGGCAGGCCCUGCACCUCUGGAACGCCUUCGAGAUCGCCGGCACCAUCACCAUCAACAACCGGCCCGCCAGCCGGGACGCCCUCAAGAGCGACGUGCUGGACCUGGGCGUCAACGCCGAGAACCGCACCAUCGACGACGUGCUCAACACCAUCGGCGGCUCUCCUUUGUGCUACGUCUACGCGUAA